AUGUCUGAGUUACCGUGGUCUCAGAUUUGGGAUGCUUCUAAAUUUUUUUUAAUCUUUAUGCUUUCCAUUAUAUCAAUUCAGAAAAUUACAAGCUCCUUUGUAUCAUGGAUAUUGGUGCUACGCAAUUCCACGAUACGAAAAAUUUCAUUUGGAUACUUUUUUGGUACUUCAAUAAGGCGAGUAUGUAUCUUAACAGAUUUUGCUGAACUAUAUAUUGGUAAGAUAAGUUUGCGAAUAAGUUGGAAACCAGGAAUCGUGUUCCACAAUGUCGAUUUGAAACUAUUUGAGAAGCGUGGUGAUGCUAUGAUUCACCCAACCAGAGACUCAAAAACGUACUUCAAUCCUGAGGAUCAAACGUUUACCUUUGUAAUUAACAAACGAAUUCUAUCACUUUUAAAACUUGUGUUUUCAUUCUCCACCUUUUUCCAUACUUUAGCACUGACAGUACCGAAUGGAAAAACAUACAAAUUAAAUAUCGGAUCUAUAACGAUAUCACAUCCGCAUGAUGACACCAUUAAGCUGGAGGCAUUUUUGCAUGAUUUUACCCAUUCCGAAACAAAUGAUACCUUAAAUCAUACUGGCUUUUUUAUGGUGUGUAAAAUUGCAAAGGAAAAUGACAAGGAUACCAAAUGCUCGAAGGUUAUUUUGAAGAAUUGGAAAUCGAGUCUAAAGAUAAGCGACGUUUGCUGGCACCUUCCAGAGAAAAAAGAAAAAAUUCCAAAUGAAGAUAGUAUCGAGCCUUCCUGCGCAAGCGCAGAGGCAGAAAUACUCUCUGUAUAUCGUAGGAUGCUGAGGCCUUGUCGUUAUCCUUUAAAGACUUUGAAUAUCCUGGAUCUCAAGGUAGAAAACGUGAAGUUUAUUUACAAGAAAAAGUUUACGAUACGAAUUUCAAGUGCUCAAGUUUACCUGGAAUCGAUUUCCAUUUUAAAUAACGUUUCCGCUCUGGAACUUUUACCUUUAAAUAAACCUACAUGGGGUGAUUUUGAACUAUCACUCUCUGCAAAUGCUGUUGUUAUUGAUAUUGAUGGCAACACUGCAAUUAGAAUUCCUUUUGGAAAUGUGAUAUUGACGUCUGAUAUUUUACUAUUUUUACUGGACGACGUACCUCUACAAAAAACAAAGAUAUCGUCCAUAUUAAACAUCAUAAAUCCUUCAGUAUUUCUCACAAUACACCAAGUGCUGGAAAUCCUUCAUUUGGUUGAUAAAUUUGAUACUUCAGGAGCUACAUCAGAUACAAGCUCAGACGGUAAGUCAUUAAGUAUUUUAGAUUUAGAUAUUGAUCGAUUGCCCAGUUUCAACUUCGAACUGCUGAUGUCAAAUUUUAUAUCAAGGCUACACAUAUCAGAUGAAGAGAACGUGACAUUUAAGGUUUUCAGCAUGCACGCUCUUUUCAGCCGUAAUAAUAUGUCUAUGUCUUCCAAGAAGGGAAAUCCGAUGGCUAUGUGUCCAGAUUGGCCAUUUGCCAAGCAAGGCUUAGUAUGCGACCAAUUAUCUAACUACAUUAAAAUUGUGGGUACAUCACUCUCUUAUCUGAGAAUUCCAACAGAGGAUGACGCUAGUCCGGUGUCUAUACCAGUUUGUGGUUUUGAAAGAUUAGACACAUUUUUGGAUGAAUUCUCCAAUUCUAAAUUGAAUGUUCAGUCGACACUACGGCAUUCAUAUGUCAGCCUUGAGAACGUUGAAGUUUUACAUACUUUAAGCCGCGCAUUCGAUAAAAUUUAUUUACUAAUAUCAAGUAGGAAAAAAAGGAAUGCAGCUUAUAAAGUAAAAAAUAAAAAAAUGGAGGAUUCGAAAAAGGUUAAUAAAAACUUCAAUUGGUCAUUGAAGCUUAGAGUAAAGGAUAUCUCAUGCUCUUUAUUGAUAUCUGGCUUUCUUCCAAAAUUUCUAGACCCCGUGGAGGCAGAAAACUUCAACUUGUCUGACGUAACUAGGGGUGCUAAAGUUGUGCUCACAGAAUCGAUAUUACUAGCGGACAACCAAGAAAAAAAUUUCACCAUUGUAGAUGCAUCAGUAUAUCGUUUCAUGGAUGACACUGCUCACGAAUCGGUACCUGAUGAUAUUUUUCGCUUUACCAACUUAUUACUGAGCUUUAACGACUUGAGCGAAAUUCGUUUUUCACUUCCAAAAAUCAAGUUGAAGAUGGAUGUGAAUAUAAUCUGGCUUUUGUUCUAUAUUCAGAGUAUAUGGAUGAAGUUUCGCCCCAAUUCAAUACCAAGUAAGGCAUCCGUGAGCGGCUCAAACUCUGUUGACAUUUUAGAUAGGCUAGGGGUAGAUAUUGGAAAACUUGUCAUCGAGGUCACGCUUCCUCAUGAUGCAGAGGUGCUCCUGGUAUUAGAAAACAUUGCCCUUUCGAACUCUACUAAAAAACUCACAAUUUCAUCAUUAUCUGCGUAUGUGGUGUCCGUUUAUGUGAAGCAUAUUAAAGUAUACGUUUCAUUGAUGAAUAUUAAUGGCUUUGAGUUGAAUAUAAAAGACUCAAUCCACAAGAAAUCUUUAGCCAUAGAUUCCUCGUUGAUUCACUUUCAUACAGAGUACCACUUUAGAUUCUACAUGAUAACUGAUAACAUCGUUACAUUGUAUAAAUCUUAUAAGCAGAUUAAACUGGCAUUUUCCAAUUUGCAUGAAUUUGAAAGACUGUAUCCUCAACGGCAGUUUCCCAAAAAAAUAUCGAACUUCCGUAUCUGUUCUCAAGAUUUUCUAAUCGAUAUUGAAGAAGAUCCUUUCGAGCAAGAGUUAGGAUUGAUUUUGAAGGUUGGUGUUCUAGAACAACGUGAGAGAUUAAAGAAACUCGAAGAAUUUAAAGAAAAACUAUCAACAUAUGAAGAUAUGAAUGUACGUUUGAGAUCAUUGUAUGACGCCUCCCGAGGUCAAACUUUUUUUCCAGACUUCUAUGCCAACGAUCAGGAAUAUGAAGAAAAAGCUUACCUCAGGUUGCUAGAAAACUUUUCAACGUCGUGGAUUGCUAGGUACAGGAAGGCAAAACUCUCUUUUUAUGGUAUGCCUUAUCGCGUUAUCUGCCGUGAAGAACUUGGCAUAAAAUAUCACUUGUUUACUAGACAGAAAACUAGUACAGUUGCUAACUUGGUUGUGAAAGAUUUCGACUUCCAAUUAGGUGGUCCUUCUUUCCCUUUAGACAGUUAUAUGAACUUUGUAUAUGAGUACGGAAAGAAAGUCCCAAAGACCACAAAGUAUACUUUGCUCAUUAUACUCGGCCUCAAAAUUAAAAGUACUCUAUGGGAGUUGCGGCUAAGAGAUUAUCCCAUACCUGCAAUAUCUUUUCCUGACACAUUUACCACGGGUGAUGUCAUAUUUGCUGAGAAAAUGCCAGCACCUUGUGCUCUUCAAACCGUUUAUGUUCCUUUUGUUAGGUCUGCGCAGGAAAUGCCCUAUAAUAGCGCCAGCACUAUAUAUGGUUCGCACAUCAUUCGUACUAUUAAUUCGGUCAAAACAUAUUUCAAUAUCAGGUCGAUUGUGACAUCCUCUUCUCCUGCUAGAAUAACAUGGGGAAAGUCUUUACAACCUGGUUAUGAGUCUUUAAUGCUUUGGUUUGACUUUCUAACCAAACCGCUUAUCGAUCCAUCCCAAAAGCUAGGAUUCUGGGACAAAUUCAGAUAUUUGGUACAUGGUAAGUGGACGUAUGAAUUUUCAGUGCACAGUGAGAUCCAUUUAAACAUAAAAGGUUCACAUGAUCCUUAUAAGAUUACUGAUGAUGGUGCAGGCCUAGCUUUCUGCUGGUCAGGUGGUACCACAAUUUAUGUUCACAAUUCUGCAGACCCUAAAGAGUUUUUAAAGAUCGAAUCCCAAAGAUUUCAGUUGGCAGUGCCAGAUUUCGCCAAGGUCAGUAAGUUUGAUAAAGUCUUUAUGAAACUUGAUGGAAGAGUAAUCUGGACUUUAGGUUUACUUUUUGAACAAGGUGAUAUAUCCAGGGCUGGCGACGAGGAGAGGUUUCUUCCAAACAGGCCUCAUUACGAAAUUCAGCUAAUGAAUCCUGACGGAAUUGCAGAUUUAGAUCAUCAUGAUACCUAUAGAGGGUUUAGAACUUCUUUUAUUCACAUGUCAUUUGGCGUGUACUCUUCGGAGCAUGGUUCGAUGAAUAGUCUUUAUCUUGCACCAUACGCCCUAACACACUUUUUCAAGUGGUGGAACUUAUUCCAUACAUACACAUCUGGCCCUAUUAGGCAAGGACGUUUAUUCACAGAUUUGCUUCAAAACAAGAUGAAGUUUGGACGCUCGUUAUUUACCAUAGCGUAUCAGCUACAUUUGAAGCGACUAAUGGUCACACAUAUUUACCGACACAUUACUACUCAAUACGAUCUUGAAAAAGAUAGCAAGAUUACUUUCACCGGUUUAAAGGGUAGAUUCGAUUCUUUGAAGUUUGAUCUACAUCAAAAAAAAAUUAAACUGACCCAUACGAAUCAGAAAUUAAAUAAAUCGAAGCCUGUGUGGAAGUUUAAAAUGUCUAGGGGCGAGAUUGACUGUGCUGAAGCAGAUAUUAGAAUUUUGUCCACAAUGUUUGAUCAGGAAGCAGUGAAGAGAAUUCUCACUACUGGUCUUGAUGGUAUACUUGAGGAGGAGCCGUCGCGUCCUAUCUCUCCGCAAGACGUUGAGCACUUACGUGAAUCUGACUGGUACGAUUUUGAAGAUUAUAUAGAUUUGAAUCAAGUACCACUAGGUUCCUCACUUCCACUCAAAUUAGAAGCAAUACCUUUGUUGUACUCACCUAGGAUAUCUUAUUUUAGAAAAGUAAACGAUGAUGGCUAUGUGCUAGCUUAUCCUUUCGGUACUGAAGAAUCGCAUGAUUGUCUGAUAGGCAAGAACCACCCAGAAUUAACGCAGGAAAGGUUAGCGACAGAGAGAAAACAAGAAAUAGAAGAACAAUUAAAUGCCUUGAUGACCACAUUGAGCACAACUCAAUCAAAAAAAAGCGGAAGUUUGGUGAAAAAGAGCUCAGAAGGCCGAGCAGGUGAAAUAAAGGCAGAGGUGGCUGAACUAAGGCAUAGAUUACACACAGUCAACACUAUUUUGAGCGAUCUAAAAAUUUCAGAAGCUAUUCCUGAAGAAAAUGUUGAUGGUGAUGAUGAUGUUUCCAGCUCACUUACCGAUAAGGACGAUAAUCUGGAUGAUGUAAUUCCGACUCCAACUAGAAUAUCAUUAUUAAGAACCAAUACAGUCGAAUCCUUUGUAUCAAUGAGAAAAGCUUCUGCUUUGCAAGUUGAGUCCACUUAUGACAACCGGUUUAUGGUUCAUAAUAUCGAGUUGAAAAUUGACAAUAAUAUCAGGCAUCACCUUUUGGAAUAUGCCUCCAGCGCUUUUGAACGGAAGUCUAUGAGAUUUGCUUUGACUUAUAAAUCUGUAAGCAUAUUGAAAGAGUUACUCGGAAAUGUCUUGACUGGCGUUAGGACAUCGAUCGAGGACUAUGAAUCUAUGCUUGAGGAUGAUUUGGCUAGUAAUUCGGAAUUUAUUGAGCAUUUCGAACAACUAAUCAGGGAUGUUCCAAGUGAUGAUUUUGACUAUGUUGAUAAUUACCUUUUCAGGCUCAUCUCCCCACAAGUACAAAUCAAGUCGGACGUUGAAAGGAAUGCGGCGGUUAUUUUAGCGGCUAGAGAUAUAGAAAUGGGAAUUAUUGAUAUAGUUCAAGUGUAUGGGAAAUCAGGGAAAAGAAUUCCUGUUGACGUUGAUACCAUCGUAGAAACUCGCUAUUCUGCUGUUUCAAAGGAUAUACAAUUGUUCACACUAUUCAAAAAAGAUUUGGAUGGCCCUGAAGGCAGAUUCUUUCAUAAAAAUGGAUAUGGUCUAGACAAAGAGUCUGAUGUAUGGCCCCCAUGGAUUCCCCUUGAAAUGUGUUUCGACGGCUCCUUAUUAGAUAAGCAUGUCUUUUUGAAGCGAAGAUCAAUGUUCUUGACAUAUGUUGCCCCUAACCCCUUAUUUUUUAGUGCAAAUAACAUAUCGUCAUUUUCCUGUGAUUCGAGGUUUCGUAUUGCAUUUCCAGGACUGAUUCUUACUUCCGACUGUCAACAAUACUGUGCUGUAUACGCAAUCGCAGAGGACUUACUUUCUUUUGGCUCAUCCUUGGAUGAGAAGGUUGAGAAACUUUCCAGGAUUUUAUUCACCGAUGAGGUAAGAAAUAACCUGGAAAACCUUGAUGUCUCUGUUGUCACAGCCCUACAAGACAGGAUUAAAGAGCUGUAUUAUACUCGAGCAUAUUUGAAACUUCACGAUCCAAGACUAUUCAGGAAAUCAGGCCAAGAAUUAACUUUCGACAUACAAACUAGUACAUUAAAGUUGACGCUGCUCAUGACGGCAAUCAAGAAAACUUAUGACAGGAUGGGGAGCGGUAACAGAAUUAUACAGAAAAAAUUAAGAUGGCAAGUUGGAACUGAUGAAUUGAUAUGGGAGUUGUAUGAUGGAAGCAAGACGCCUUUUGUAACAAUUGGGCUUGGACCUUCUACUUUUAUUCGUUCUGAAACCUCCGAUGGUACCAAUAGUAACAAAGUAUCUAUUUCCUCAUUACAGUGUUUCAAUCAACAGCAACAUCCUAUUUACACUGAAUUGCUGGCCCCAUUUUCUGAAAACUCAUCUUAUAAUAAAAAUGCCCCGAUGGCGGAGAUUUUUUGGAUAUUGGGUCCGUCAGUUGGGGGAAUUUCUGAUUUGCAAGACUUGAUUGUUUCCUUACAACCGUUGAUUUUCAAGAUGGAUCAUAAAACAUCUGAGAAACUUAUGAAUUAUCUUUUUCCAAAGAUAGAACAAACUUGCAUAGAGCCUAGUUCACCAGAUCAGGUGCCACGAACUUCCACCAGUUCAUUUCAUUUAUCUUCCCCAGGUUUGCGCCACAGUUUUUCUAAUGGCUCUUUAUCUGCAAACGAUGCAAAAGAUGUUGAUUCUUGGGAUUUGCGCAGCAUUCAAAGCAACAAAGGAGGCUUGAGAGAGAGAAAAGAUGAUCACAGGAAAAUAUCAGCAUCACUUUUUGUGCAGCCUGAUUACAACAUCAAUGAAAUGGUGAAGCGAUCAGGAACAUUUUUCAACGUAAAAUCUAUUGUAAUCCGAAAAACUUUAAUGUCCGUAUGUUAUAAAGGUUCUCACAGCCUCUUGACUGAUGUUAAUGACUUGAUUGUUAGAGUUCCUGUCUUGAAAUAUCACAAUAAAUUGUGGUCAAGGGAAGAAUUUUUCACAGCAUUGAAGAGAGACGUUGUAAGGAUAGUUUUACAACAUUUGGGGAAUAUAAUCGGUAACAAAUUUUUGCCGCACAAAAAAGAGAAUAAGAAGAAAACUUCAAUGGAAAUACACCGGCUACUAAGUCCCGAUUUCGAAAGUCGUAACACUUCACAUAUUCGCGAAAUCAAAGGACAUCCUGAUUCAUUUGAUUUCUCCACUUCCUCCUCAGGCGCCAGAUCAAUAAAUUCAGAUGCAGCUUAUGAUGAAAAUGAUAUAAAUGCGGAAAUAAAGCCAUUUUACCCUGUUAUAAGUAACAGUCCAAAAAAUAAGUGA